AUGGGUCUUCGCGAGCGAUUACAGGUAAAGCAAGGCGAUGCCAGUCUGGCGGCGGAGGGCGUCGCCUCGAACGCAGAUCUCGAUCCCAUUCCUCUCGGCUCGCCGAAGCGCACGUGGGAAUGGCCUUCUCUGACGGGGUUCUGGAUUGCGGAGGCGUUUAGUAUCAGCAUGUACCAGGUGACAUCGAGUUCCGUGAGCAAGGGAUUAAGUGCCCCAAUGGCCAUUGCUGCGGUUAUUGUUGGACAUGUCCUUGUCUGUAUCCCAGCCAUGUUGGAUGGUUACGUCGGCGCCAUCUACGGCAUCAACUUCCCCGUCUACACGCGCGCCAGCUUCGGCAUGCGAGGCAGCUACUUCGCCGUCUUCGUUCGCGGAAUCGUCGCCAUCAUCUGGUUCGGCACGCAGACAUACCAGACGGGCCAAUGCGUCUCAACCAUGAUCAGCGCCAUCUGGCCCUCCUUCAACCACUUUCCGAACAGACUCCCUGCGAACGGUCCCAUCACCUCUGCUGAGCUACUGUGUUUCUUCCUUGCGAUCCUACUACAGCUGCCACUGCUGUACUUGAAGGUGUCGAAGCUGAGAUACCUUUUUAUCGUCAAGACGUGCAUCAUGCCGAUCUUUGGAAUUGUGCUUUUUGCUUGGGCAGUUAAGGCUGCGAAUGGAUUUGGCCCUGUCUUCUCGAAACCGAGCGUUAUCCACGACGGCACUCCUGUCGCCGUCGUCUUCCUGCAAUGCGUUACGAGCGCCAUCGGUCCCAAAGCUACCCUCGCCUUGAACAUGCCCGAUUUCACCCGCUACGCAAAGAAGCCCCGCGAAGUCUUCUGGACACAAGCCGUCGGCCUCGUAAUUCUCGUCUCGCUCUGCGGCGUGCUCGGCGCCACAGUCUCCAGCGCAACAGAGGUAAUCUACGGGAAGCAAACGUGGAACCCGCUCGAGGUCGCCGUGCUGUGGGACAACCGGGCCGCGCAGUUCUUCGCCGCGGCGUGCUGGGCUCUCGCGGCGAUUGGGACCAAUAUCUCGGCGAAUAGUGUCUCGUUCUCGAAUGACAUCGCGCUCUGGUUCCCGAAGUACAUCGAUACCCGCCGCGGGGCGUAUAUCUGUGCGACGCUGAGUGUUUUGAGUAUGCCGUGGUAUAUCCAGAAUUCAGCAGCAUCCUUCUCCGCCUUCCUAGGCGGCUACUCCCUCUUCCUCGGCGCCCUCGCCGGAAUAAUCGUGGUCGACUACUGGGUCUGCCGGGGUCGUCGUCUCCGCCUUCGCUCCCUCUACGAAGCGCACGGAACGCACUACUUCACCAAAGGUGUCAACCUCCGCGCACUCGCCGCAUUCGUCUGCGGAAUCACGCCCAAUAUGCCGGGGCUCGCGGCUGUCACUGGGGAGAAGGGGGUUCCCGUCGGCGCGACGUAUUUGUAUUCGCAGAGUUGGUUGGUUAGUACGGUUGUUGCGGGUGUUGUUUAUUGGGGACUGUUUCUUGUGUGGCCUUUUGAGGUUGAUGAGAAGGUUAUUACGGCUAUUGAAGGGAUUGAGGGCGUUGAAAGGGUUGAGGAGGGGAUUGUUGAGGUCAAGGCGUGA